UAAAAAUAUUUUCACAGGUGUUGCUCCGAUGACAUCUUUUUUACCAACAAUCGCAAAACAAUUGGGAUAUUCUACAGUUGUAGUUGGUACAAUCUAUAGUAUUUUACCGAUUUUAAGUUUAAUAAUAAAACCUAUAAUUGGUGCAAUCGUGGACCAAUUCCGGGUUAAGAAAUUAAUAUUCUUAAUGUUUAUAUUACUAUCCGGCCUAACAGCAUUUUCACUGAUGUUUGUUCCUUCAAUACCUCUGGACUCUUCAGUUGAACUAAAUUGCAAUUCUGCCACAUAUUUAAAUGUUUGUCCCGAAGAUAAUUUAUCUUUGUCGAAUUGUUCCUAUAAACGAGUUACAGAUGUUAUUGUUGAUAAAUUUGGUUGUGAGUUAAAGUGUAAGAACAGUGUUCAUUUUUCUAAUGAAAUGUGUUCAAAUUGGGGAUUUAAUGACUAUUGCGAAUUAUCAAAUUCAUCUAGUAUUAAUAAUAUUGAAUAUUACGAGCCAAACAGUACACAGAUAAUUAAACCAAGAUCAAAUAAGAAUUAUUAUAAUGAUGAUUAUGUUUACUUAUUUGCAAUGUUGGAAAUGGCCCAUUCUCUUAAAGUUGAAAAUUGUUUAUACUUCAGAAUAUCAUCUGCAAGUUUCUAUUUUAAUAAUUCCGAAGUAAUUAAGCACACACCGGUUUGUAAUAGUAGUUUAAGAUCACAAUGUCAAAUACAAUGUAACAGUGAAGUCAUUAUGGAUUUAAUAAUUCCUCAAAAGUUUAAAGGCAGUGUCUUAGAAUUAAGUCAAUUCUGGAUAUUUUUUCUGUUAAUAAGUCUGUUUUGGGUUUGUCAAGCUAUUAUCUAUAGUCUUGGUGAUUCUAUUUGUUUUGAUCAACUAGGUAAUAAGCCUAAUAUGUAUGGCAAACAAAGAUGUUGGGGUGCUAUUGGAUGGGGUAUUUUUUCAAUAUUUGCUGGAUGGCUUUUAGAUCUUUUUAGUUCUAGUGAAGUAAAUAAAAACUAUCUACCAAUAUACUAUUUAUGUUUACUGGUACUGCUUGGAAACUUUUUUGUUGCAUCAAAACUUGAGGUGACAGAAACAAAAAUAUCAACUAAUAUAUUUAAAGAUUUUGGAAAACUGUUAGUGGAAAUCAAGGUACUAGGAUUUCUUACUUGGGCAAUAGGUGUUGGAAUUUGCACUGGAAUGAUUUGGCAAUAUCUGUUUUGGUACGUUGAAGAUGUAGCUUCUAUGAAUGAAUGUAAUACUCAACAUUGGAUUAAAACACUGCAAGGUUUAAUAUCAGGAGUUCAAUGUUUUGGCGGUGAAGUGCCAUUCUUUUUCUGGUCAGGCUGGAUUAUAAAACGUUUGGGACACUUGAAUUGCAUGUCUCUUGUUUUGGGAGUUUUUGCUUUUAGAUUUUUUGCUUAUUCAAUUCUUACAAAUCCAAUUUGGGUACUCGUUAUUGAGUUAACUAAUGGAAUUACUUUUGGGUUAGCAUAUGCUGUACUUAUGUCGUAUGCUAGUAUACUCGCACUCCCUGGUAGCGAAAGUACAAUGAUAGGACUCGUUGGUGGAGUUUUUGAAGGCAUUGGUGUAUCCUUGGGUAGUCUAAUAGGUGGCUGUUUAUACGACAAAUAUGGUGGAGCUGAAACAUUCAGAUUAUUUGCAUAUGGUUCUGCAUUACUGUGUGCAAUUCAUUUGUUAUGUCAAAAAGUUCUGAAAGCAAAUAGAAAAUUAAGCCUGCCAAGUUACAAUUUUGAAGAAGUACAAAACAACAUAUCCCAUUUUAAAGAAACAGAUUUUAUUGGCGGGUCAACUGAAUACGCCAGUCCAAAUGAAGCUAUUCAUAUGCUGAUUGAUAAUUAAAUAAAUUUUUUUUCAAUGUUCCUACUCAAUUGUUUCAUUUCAUUUUUAUUUUAAAAAUGAAAAGAAAGAAAUACUUAAUUUASAGAAUUUAUACCUAUUAUAAUACUAUAUUUUGAUUUUUAACAAUUUUUAAUGGAAUGGGCAGAUAUUGAAAUUAUUAAAAUUUUUAGUAUAUAAAGCAAAAUGACAUGAUAUGAAUUGAGCAUAGUAUUUGUUAGGAAUUAUUAAAAAUACUUUUAAAUUUAACCAAAAUUCUAUUGAACUAGAAAAUAUUUAACCUACAAAUAUGAGUAUUCCUUAUUUAUAACCAAAAUUUGUGUCUUAGUUCUUAACCAUUUUUAGUUACUUUUUUWAAAAUUUUUUGGUAUCAUUAUUUUAAUUUAUUUUAUUACAUUAUCUUGAUAUCAAUUAUAUAUUCAUGAUACACUAGAAUAUUUAUAUUAUAAUUUGUUAGUUAUACUAAAGUUAUUUUUACAUAUAGUGUAUCAUUUCAAGAUUUACUAGAAUCAGCGGCGGUGCAGGUUUUUGUGGGGCCCUGGGCAGAUGUUUCUUUUGCCCUACCCUUCCACCGGCACUGGAUAGAAUUCGUACUUUAUUUUAUUAUUUUUAUAUUUUUAUAAUUAGUCAGUUAUAAAAUAAUAAAACAAUUUUUUUUUUUUAAAUUAUUCAAUAUUUGCCCAAAAGUAACAGUAUAGCUAUWUAGCGACUUUGGUUUUUGUUUUUAUGUAAUUUUUGUAUACAAUAUUGUAUUUGUGUAACUGUUAUAGUUUUGGUUUUAUAUGGUGCUAUAGAUAAAYUAUGUAAUUUGCUUGAAGCACAACAUAUUUACAGGGAUAUUUAAAAAAGACAAACAUCAUUAAAUUUGUAUUUAUUUUUAAUCAAUCAUUACCUCUGAUUAUUAUAAGUUACUCAUUUAGUAUAGUAUUUAAGUUCUUAAUGAUAUAAUUUUGGUGAUAUUGAGUAAUUUAAAGAUUCGUCACAAUUGAUUAUAAUCAUCGAUAUGAAAAACGGUUUUAUUAUAUGUUUUGUUCUUUAGUAUUAAUUAU